AUGUUUGAAGGUGGUGCAGAUCCAAUGGUAGCAGACGACUACUUGGACCAAGUGGAAAGCCACUUGACUUCUAUGGAUGUGAUGGAUGAUCAUCUGAAAAUCAUCCUGGCCACUUACAAAUUUUCCAAGGACGCCAAGCUUUGGUGGAAGUUGGUUACUAACCAGCACAAGGUCGAGGACAUGAGUUGUGAUAUGUUUAGGGAGUUAUUUUAUGAGAAGUAUUUUCUGAUUACCAAGAGGUGGGAGCUAAGGAAACAGUUUGAUGAUCUCAUACAAGGCAAUAUGUUAGUGACGAAAUAUGAAAACAAUUUCACUUUUCUUUCUCGCUUUGUCCCAGAGAUAUUGAGAAAUGAGGUUGAUAAGACACGAAAGUUUGUUUUCGGCCUUCAUUACCAAAUGAGGUCAUUGAUCACAUCACAGUACUUUAAAGUUUAUACAGAGGCAGUGGAAAGGGCAUUAAUGCUAGAAGCGGAAGCAAAUGAUAGAAAUGCAUGA